AUGGCUGCCUCCAAAAUUAACCUGAAGCUUCUCAUUGAUACAGAGAAUAACAAAGUCCUGUUUGCAGAAGCUGGCAAAGAGUUCGUAGAUUUUCUCUUUUAUCUUCUUUCCUUGCCGGUCGGUACUUUUGUUAAGCUCUUAGGAAAGAAUAGAAUUGGAGGCAGCCUAGACCACCAUACCUAUGUGACUGAUGUUAAAAACUUUAUUUGUCCUACCUGCAAGUUAAGCAUGAGCAAGGAGAUUCAUUAUGUUUCUCCAGACAUGGAAAUCACUGCAGACGCGGCUGGUGAAGGAGGGUUCGUUAAAGGGGUGGUAGAUUACAUGGUGAUGGAUGAUUUAGAGGUGAUGCCAAUGUCUACCAUAUCUGGUAUUACUUUGCUUAACAAGUUUAAUGUUAAGGAUGUGGAUGCACUUGCAGAAAGGGUAGUGGAAUUUGGCAUGGAUGAGGGUGUGAAGCUGUUGAAGGCAUCUCUGGAAUGCAACAGUGUUUUCACAAGUGUUUUCAAUGGGAAUAAGGGCAGAAAAUAA